AUGUUUGAUGUCACGGCUUUAGUGUCUGGAGUUGCCGGUUUGCUGGUGGGGAGGGAUUAUUCUAUGAAAAACGGAAAACAAAAAAGCAACUGCCAUGUUCAUUCAUCAACUCAAAGUCAAACUCUGCACCAUCAUCAACUUAAUGAAAAACCAAAGCACCUAUCACCAAAUAAAAAUCCACAAACAGCCGAAGGUUAUCUAAGGAGGCCGAGCACGGUGACUACAUCAACUUUAACAGCCGACGAUAAUCUAGGAAGGACAUUUACUGCACUUAUUCUCAAGAAAAAUAAAGACAAUGGAUCAAUUUUGAAACCGUGCAGAGAAGACAUGGCUAUGUACAUAAGGAGGAAAAGGCAAUGGAUCUUGAAUUAUUUUGAAACUGUGCUAAGAAGACUUGGGCUAUGGACACAUAAGGAGGCGAUUUAUGGCUAUGUACAUGAGACAUGGGCUAAAGGUUAUGGGCCUGGGCCUAGGAAAUAA